CCAGCUCCCUGCGUGUGCACCCCAAGGUGGCCUGGUGGUGCUGUGCUUCACCCUGCAGCUCAGACAGAGGACGCGGCCUUGGCCGUGCCCUGGCCCUUGCCCUUGACAGAAGGGAAUGGAAGGGUUUCCGAAGAGCAGCUAUGGAACAAUGGCUGAAGGAAGGGUGGACGACAGUGGAUUGGAAGCACCUUCUUUGAGGAUCAUCCUGGUGGGAAAAACAGGCAGUGGGAAGAGCGCCACAGGGAACAGCAUCCUCUGCCGGCCAGUGUUCGAGUCCAGGCUGGGGGCCCAGACAGUGACCAGGUCCUGCCAGAGAGCGCUCGGGACGUGGAAUGGGAGGCGCAUCCUUGUGGUUGACACGCCCUCCAUCUUUGACUCACAGGUCCAGACCCAAGAGCUGGUGGAGGACGUCGGGCAGUGCUACCUGCUGUCUGCCCCGGGGCCCCACGUGCUGCUGCUGGUCACCCAGCUGGGGCGCUUCACGGCCCAGGACGUGGAGGCGGCGAGGAGGGUGAAGGAGGUGUUCGGAUCAGAGGCCAUGAGCCACACGGUGGUCCUCUUCACCCACAAGGAAGACCUGGGGGCUGGCUCCUUGGACGAUUACGUGGCCUGCACAGACAAUGUCCACCUGCGGGGCCUGGUGCAGGAAUGUGGGGGGCGGUACUGCGCCCUCAACAAUCGGGCGUCUGGGGAGGAGCAGCGCACGCAGCUGCAGGAGCUCAUGGCCGUGGUGCAGGGGCUGGAGGGCUGGCACCAGGGCUCCUUCCACAGCAACGACCUCUUCCUGCAGGCUCACUUGCUGCAGCAGGGCGGGGACGGGGUCCUGCCGGAGGAGCGCAGGCGCUACCUGCACAGGGUGAGGCAGCACCUGGACAGACAGAGGAGGGCGCUGAGGGCGGAGCAGGGCAGCUGCUGCUGCAGGGCGGUGCUCGCUCUCAGAGCCUGGAUGGCUUCGCACCUGCUCCUCACUGCCCUCCUGCUCCUGGCUACCUUGAUCGUUAUUGCUGUCUCCAUCAAUCUGUGUAUCACGCAGGGGAAGUGAGCGUGC